AUGCCUCAAAUUUAUAUAUUGUCAGAUAUAGGUGAAGGCAAUAAAUUAGAUGACAUACCAUCUAGUCGAUAUCUGCCUAGUCGAACAGAACUUGAAAAUCAGCUUGCUUGUGCAAAUCAAGAUCGAGAAAUUGCUAUAGAGUGUGGCAAUCGAUUUGCCAAUAAAUGUUCUAUCUUAGAUAAAGACAAUAAGCAUAUACAAUGUAAUCUAAAACAAUCUAAUAAUGAUAAAGAGAAACUCUUCAAGCAUACCUACCAGCUUAUAAAUGAGGAUAUCAUUCGAUUGAAAAAAAUAAAAUCACUUCAGUCAAUAAACAAAAUAUUAAAAAGUAAGUUAGCGUCAGCUCAGAAGGAUGCAUUCUCAACUCAGAAAGAGAUAGUAAAAAAAGAAUCUGUGAUCAUAUCUCUCAAGUCUGAAUUAAUAAAUAUAAAGAAUGAACUAAUAAAUACAAAAGAUGAAUUAGCUUCAAAAAUUAAAAAAAUUGAGUAUUUAGUUGCUUUAAUCUCUGUUUUACAGAAAACAAAGGAUAUAUUAGAUCCUGUAGAAUCAAAGACUUAUUGCUCUGCAAUAGUUAUGGGAGGGUCAUUGUUUUGCAGGCCCUUUAAGGGUGACUCUUUGAGUCAUAAAAGUCUUGUAAAAUAUUUUAAAAGUAAAACAUUACCAAUUAUCACAAAUAAUCAGAAUUCGAAGUCAUUGAUUCAAGAUAUUACAAAUAAGCAGAAUCCAGAGUCAUUAAUUCAAGAUAUUACAAAUAAGCAGAAUCCGGAGUCUUUGAUUCAAGAUAUUACAAUAAAAGAGACAGUAUGCACUAGCGAGGCUUUAGUUAAUGAUAAGUAUCCGAUUUCUUCUUUUAUUAAAAUUGUCAUUAUUCCAGAUUAUAGCUACCAUAUGACUGCCUCUGACAAUUUGUUUUCUGGAAUAUACUCACAAAGUGAGGGCACUAAUGUGCCUAAACUGACCAUAAAUGAACAAAGUAAAAAAGCAGUGCUUCGAGUUCCCAACUCAUCUGAUAUACAAAAAAAUCAAAAGAAAGAACUAUUGCAAAACAAGCCUGAAGGGCAAACCAAGGAUUAUGGCUCAUCAAGCUUAUUUUCAAAGAAAAUGAGUUUUACUCUACCAUCUAUGAAACUUUAUCUUAUGAAUAUAGAUGAAGCUAAUAAACAUAAAUCAAUUCGAAAUGUUGGACAUCCAGCAAUGUCAUGGCCUUUCAGUAAAGUAUUUACUGGUAUAAGUGGUAAAGAUAAGACAAAUAUAGUUGGAAAUCUUGUUCUGGGAGAUAAAGCUGAAAAUAUAUACAAAGGUAAAAAAGAAGGAUCCCGAUAUAUUAAGUGUGAUGAUUUGAUAGUUUGUGGAUUUCAUCUAGAUAAGCCAAAAUGGGCAUUUGUUAGAUAUAUGUAUGGAGUAAUUGCAGGUAAUCCUAAAGCACCUUACUAUGAAAAUAUAAGAUUUAAAUAUAUUUCACCUAAAAAAAUUCCUAGUGUAAAAUCAUUUUUUCCAGAGAGAAGUACUAAUAUUAGUCCAAUUUACAUAACACAAAAAUAUCAUCAUGUCCUGAUAAUUAUUCGUGAAAAUUUUACCCACUUAGUUAUAUUUAAUGGGGGCAGUAGUUAUCAGGAUGUGUCCAAAAUAAUUGGACGAUAUACUAAUGAUGUUAAGAAUGCAUCAAUGGUUAUUAAUAGUUACCUUCUAAAAAAUGAAUUUAUUGUAUUUGAUCUUACUAGGUCAGAAGAUGAUCCAUUAGCAAUUCAUUUAAGAUUCGAUACUCUACUGGAUUUGCAGAAAGAGAUAGAGUUACGUCAAAAGCACAAGAUAAAAAAUGCAUUGCCAGCUGAGUUUAUGAAUUCUGAACCCAAAAAAACUGAAAAAUCGAAUAAAUAA